UAUACUUGAUAAAGUUUCGAGCAUAAACUUUGGCAAUGAUUUUAAAGCGUUUUGUUGUGUAGUGUUAAAGAUAUUCUAAAGAAAAAACGCGUAUCAUUGUGAUAGUGUCAUUGUCAAUAAUAGUGUGCCACGGUACACGGUUGAAAUUUGUUCAGUUAGUUUUAAUUCGCCGGAGGUCACGGACUUAUAUUCUACAAUGGAGAACAAAACGGAUUUUCGCUAUCCUCAUACAUUCAUACUCCUAGGAGCUUCAGGAGACUUAGCGAAAAAGAAAAUAUACCCUACAAUUUGGUAUCUCUACCGAGACAAUCUUCUGCCGGAAAAUACAAAGUUUGUUGGUUAUGCUCGCACCAAACAAUCAGUUGCCGAGGUAAGAGAAAAAUGUAAGAAGUAUAUAAAAGUGCGGGCCGGUGAAGAAAAAAAGUACGAACAGUUCUGGGAAGCUAACGAGUACUUAGCGGGAUCCUACGACAGACGAAUUGACUAUGAAUUGCUUAACCAGCAAAUAACGAAGUAUGAAAAGGGACCAGUUGCCAACAGGAUAUUUUACCUGGCGGUUCCACCGACAGUAUUUGAAGAUGUUACUGUUAACAUAAGAAAUGCUUGUAUUUCCAUCAAGGGCUACACCAGGGUUAUCAUUGAGAAACCAUUUGGGCGAGAUGAUGUGUCUUCUGAUAAAUUAAGUGAACAUGUAGCUGGUUUGUUUAAAGAAGAGCAGAUAUACAGAAUCGAUCACUACUUGGGCAAGGAAAUGGUCCAGAACCUAUUGACUACUAGAUUUGCAAACCAGAUAUUCAGUCCUUCAUGGAACAGGGAAAACAUUGCUUCCAUUUUAAUCUCAUUCAAGGAGCCUUUUGGCACUGAAGGCAGAGGUGGGUACUUUGAUGACUUUGGCAUUGUUAGGGAUGUGAUGCAGAACCAUCUUCUCCAGAUACUUUCCCUUGUUGCAAUGGAGAAACCUGUCACAUUAAACCCAAAUGAUAUCAGAGAUGAAAAAGUGAAGGUGCUUAGACACAUUCAACCCAUUACUAUGGAAGAUAUUUUAGUGGGGCAGUAUCUUGGCAACCCUGAUGGAAAGGGAGAGGAGACUCUGGGCUACCUGGAUGACCCAACAGUGCCCAAAGAUUCUAUAACACCAACAUAUGCCAUGGCUGGACUCUGGAUCAACAACGCUCGGUGGCAAGGUGUUCCAUUCAUACUACGUUCAGGCAAGGCACUGAAUGAAAGGAAAGCUGAAGUGAGGAUACAGUUCAAGGAUGUGCCUGGAGACAUUUUCAAUGGCUCUACCAAAAGAAACGAGUUGGUAAUUAGAGUCCAGCCUGGAGAAGCUUUGUAUCUUAAAAUGAUGGGAAAAUCACCAGGAAUGAAGUUUGAAUUGGUGGAAACCGAGCUUGAUUUGACUUAUAGCGCUCGUUACAGGGAAACAGAUGUCCCUGAUGCAUAUGAGCGGUUGAUCCUGGAUGUUUUCACGGGAACUCAGAUGCACUUUGUAAGAAAUGAUGAGCUUAAGGAGGCGUGGCGUAUUUUUACGCCUAUCUUAAAACAGCUGGAAGAGCAGCGGGUGAAGCCUGUACCGUAUGUGUAUGGCUCAAGAGGACCACCUGAGGCAGAUGCCAAGCUGUCUCAGUACAACUUCAAGUAUUCGGGCUCCUACAAGUGGCAAAAACCAAUACACUCUUAAAUUGCUCAAAAUUUUUGAGAGAUUUUGGUGGUGGUACUAUUUUUAAAGCUUAUUAUUUCUUAAUCCAACCACAUUACCAAGUAAUUUUGGCUAAGUAAAUAAUUUUAAACAUUCCUAUCAUAUUUAUUUUAAAGGUCAUUUUAAGGUUAAAUGAUUUUCUUUUCAAUCAUUCUUUACUACAUCACAAUUUUACAUUCCUUUCUAUGUAUUUAAACAUUAUUGUAUUGUAUACAAAUAAAAUAAGUGCCUUUUAUUAAUUUAUUUACAA